GGACUGUGGUUGUCAGUUGUCACCAAAAUUGUCAUUUGUCGGCUCGCAAACUUGCUGCUUGCAUUCGUUUGGAUAUUUUUUUAACAUAAAAACAUAGCUCUUGAAGUAGUGUAGUGCCUUGUUCCAUCUUUUGUUUUGUAUGAUGCGAUAUUAGUGCAGGUCGCUAAAUUUUUAUCUUUAUUUUCAAUAAUUCGACUCAUUUAUUAUGGUAGGCAAGUGGUGAAGAUAGUAUGUCGGAAAACAGCAAGUUUGCUCUUCCUGUAAGCAGUGAUGGCGACAACAACGUUUUGUCGAUGAUAUAUAGAUUCUUCAAAAAGGUUUCAAUUGUUGGGGCAGUAUACUUAGUUGGGUAUAUGCAAUGGAGUGUUGCUUGGCUGAUUGGACCAGUUAUACUUUCCGUCCUCAGGGACCAAUGGCGUAGAGAGAAUGAGUACAGACGAAAUAUAGCUAAAGUCGCAGCUAUCUCUUCUGAGAAGGAUGUAGUUCUUGCAAGACUGGAUGAUUUACCUGCCUGGGUAUUCUUUCCUGAUGUAGAACGAGCUGAAUGGUUGAACAGGAUUUUGCUUCAAGUAUGGCCCAAUGUAAACCACUAUGCCAGAACAUUACUCAAGGAAUCUAUUGAACCAGCUGUGGCUGAGAGUUUAGCCAAUUAUAAACUGAAUGGGUUUAAAUUUGAACGCAUGAUCCUUGGGACGAUUGCACCAAGAGUUGGUGGCGUUAAGGUAUACGAUAAGAAUCUUUCGAGAAAUGAAAUCAUUAUGGAUAUUGACUUGUUUUAUGCGGGUGAUUGCGACAUCUCGUUCGUCCUUCAGCGUAUUAGAGGAGGCAUUAAAGAUCUGCAGAUUCACGGAAUGAUGCGCGUUGUUAUGAAGCCUCUCAUUUCAAAGAUGCCAUUGGUCGGUGGCCUUCAGGUGUUCUUCCUCAAUAAUCCGUCAAUUGACUUCAACCUUGUUGGAGCAGCCGAUGUUUUGGAUAUGCCAGGCUUUAGCGAUAUCCUGCGUCGUUGUAUUGUGGAACAGAUAGCGAGGAUGAUGGUGCUACCUAACAAAUUGCCGAUAAAGCUCAGUGAUGAAAUACCCACUGUAGAUUUGAGGAUGCCUGAACCUGAGGGCGUUCUUCGAAUCCAUUUAGUUCAAGCUCAGAAUCUCAUGAGAAAAGAUGUAUCUAUGAUAGGAAAGGGUAAGUCUGACCCUUACGCCAUUAUAACGGUAGGAGCCCAGCAAUGGAAAACCAAACAUAUUGAUAAUGAUGUUAAUCCUCGCUGGGAUUACUGGUGUGAGGCGAUUAUAAGCUCAAGAAAGAGCCAGGUGCUGCAGUGCGAGUUGUGGGACUGGGAUCCGGGGAUGGGCAUUCAGAACGAUGAUUACCUCGGCAGGUGUUCGUUGGAUAUCUCACAAGUAGUACGCGCUGGUCGCCUCGAUACAUGGCAAACACUGCAACAAGCAAAACAUGGCAAGGUCUUGUUGCGCCUAUCGUGGCAUCGCCUUUCAUCAAAUUUCUCGGAUCUACGUGAUGCUCUUACGGAAACUCAGUUAAUAAAGAAUGCUGAGCUCAGUUCUGCAGUUCUGUCCGUAUACAUCGACUCGUGCAAAAAUUUGCCUAACGCUCGAGCUCAAUCCAAACCAGAUCCAUACUUGCAAGUGACAGUCGGGAAGAAAACGGAAAACACAGCGGUCCAGAUGAGAACCGACAGCCCCGUGUACGAGAUCGGCCACUCCUUCCUCGUGCAACACCCUGAAGUUGAUCUGCUCGAUAUAAAGGUUCUAGACCAAAAGACAGGCAGUUCCCUGGGUCAGCUUACUUACGGAAUAGCGGCCUUGCUGAAACAAAACGAUCUCACCAUGUUAACGCAGCCCAUCAGCUUGCAGAAAUCUGGACCAGAGUCCAAAAUACUAUUGGCGCUUCAAUUAAAGAUUCUCAAGGAGGCACAAAAAGAAGCGGAUUAUGAAGAAGAAGCUCCUCCCGCACCGUCACCGGAGCCGGUCCCCGCUGCCCCCGCUGAGGUCGUGGAUGCCCCGCAGCCUACUAAUGGUGAUGUGUCUCCUCCAGCGGCGGAAUUGAAAAAUAUCGAAGACGGUUCUGAAAAAUCGAUUCCUGUUGAACAAAUCACACGAGAAAUCGAUAUUCCACAAGAAAGCCAACCUCCAGUGGAACGUGAAACUCCGAAACUUGUCCAUAGAACAUCAUCUCUGACCACAUCCGCAGGUGAAGCCGGUUUAGGACGCAUCCUGCUGUCCCUUCGUUACAGCAUGCAAAAUCAAACACUUUAUGUCGUCGUACAUAAAAUUAUGAAUAUACCGCUGAAGGACCCAACUAACGUGCCAGAUCCAUAUGUCAAAUUGUACUUACUACCUGGACGCUCCAAAGACUCGAAGCGCAAGACUGUGGUGGUGAAGGACAGUUGCAUGCCGGAGUACGAUGAGCAGUUCGAGUGGGUCAUCCCGCUGGCCGAGCUGCACUCGCGGCACGUGGAGGUCACCGUCGCCACGCACAAGGGCUUCCUCGGCGGCAGCCCUGUCAUUGGACAGGUGAUCGUACAUCUGAACGAGUAUGAUUUUAGAGAAGCGAAAACUUUGUGGUUCGACUUGUUGCCUGAAAUGACACCCAGAGAUUAAUCUUACAUUGAUUCUUAUGAAAGCUUCUGCUUAUGAAAGAAAUUAAUUACUCUAUUUAAUUGUAUUUGCUUAUAUUCUAAAUAAGAUAAUUAUUGUUUUUUUACACUUUUACUAAACCAUAAGUUGUAUUUCUUAUUUAUAUAAUUUUAAUCUAUCACUGUUAAUGGUCUUGUUCAAGUUUAAAUAAAUGCCGAAAUAUCAAGAUUUAAAUAUUGUCUAGUCAAUAUUAAUUUACCCUUGUUAUGUAUUUCUUGCAUUUGAAUAUAUAUUAUUUUGUUAUGUAUAACAAAACAAUUAACCUAACAAAAUAUAUAGGCUUGAAAUUUAUCAUUGUUAUUUCUACAACAUUAUAGAGAAAAAUAUUGCCAAGAAUAUGCUUUUUAAUUAUUAUUGAUAUGUCCAAACUUGUGCUUUUGUGUACGCUUUCUUAUGAAAUAAAGAAUUUAUAGAUAUAAA